AUGAUUUUACAGGGGGAGAUUUCUAUGAAGGAGAAGAGGUCCAGCACCAAAAUUCCAGUGAGGAAGGAUGAAUCCAAGACUACAGAGCCGAGUAGGAUGGAGGAUCGUGCCAGAAGCUAUAGGGGAGUGGUUUUAAAUGAUGGAGUGGUACACCAGAAGAAAGCAAAAGAGAACAGGGGAUACGAUGGAAAAGGAAAAGAUACAUCUAAGGAACCAGUCAACCCUGAGGAAAACAAGAUCGAUACUGAUGUUAUGGAUUGUGAUCACUCCAGAAUUCAUGUUGAGAACACUGAAGGUCUUAGUUCUGGUGAAGAGGAUUUCCAGAAUCUAACUGAUGGUGAGAUGGAGAGGUCGGAUAAUUGUGGCAUCGCUGAUGCUCCACCAAUCAAAACAGGGAACAAGGAUCUAGGAGAGGGUAAUGUGGAAAAGAAGAAAAGCACCCGUAAAGCUCUUUUCUCACAGUCCUUAUUGGUAGCAGCUUUCUCCUAUUGCAAACAAAAUCUAUACUUGAUCUCUUCAAAUCAAGGCAUAGUUCAACAACACCAUUUUCAGCAUGAGAUGAUGUCGGAGUUUGUGGUUUCCGGAGAGUGUUCUGGGAUACAGCAUUGUCAGAUAUUGUAUAUAGGAUAG